AAGUUUUACCCUUAUUUUUUCCCCUCCUUCUAGGUAAUAUAGUAAUUUUUGGAUUUCAUUGAAAGAAAGUAAUUUAGUUUCUCUCCUCAAACUCCAACCCACAGCUUCUCUUCAUCUCCUUCCGCCCCCUCCCCCGGCCUCCGCUUUCAAUCUCCAGAACUGGUUGACGGAGGACUUCAAAUUACCGCCGCCUCUUAAACCCUAACUACUCUCCUCCCACAAAACCACCAUCUUCUAGUUGUGUCACCACCUCUAGUCGCCGCCGCCGCCUCUGCCAUUGUGGAUGAAAAACAUUGAGGUUUCAAUUUGGGAGACUUCCAACCAUCUCUCCUUUUCUGCCGCUUCUAUUCACGGUGUUGACAACAGUAUUGAAGUUCUGUUCUACAUCCAAGGAGCUUUUCUAUUUAAUGUCUGACUACGAGGCCUGCUUUUCUCUUGAUGAUGGUCCACUUGUUGGAUUUUAUUUGUUUAAAAAUUACAGAUUGGUUUCACCUUCAAGGUCUUGCACCACUCUUGCUUGUACAACUAAGGGAAAAGCGAACCCAAGGAUGUUUCCUGAAUUGAGAGACUGAUGCUGUUUUAUGUGUUAUUCCUAAAGCAUAUAGUGUGCAGGCUCUUGUAACAGUUUCUGUUGUAAAUGCUGGUGAAUGCUACCCUUCGUUUGGAAAAUAAAUAAUGUCUGAUCUCGAGAAGACUAAUAAGAUUUGGAGUCCGAAGCCUGUUGAAUACGAGGACUCUGAGGCUGCAAAGCUUUGUGCGGUUCUUCAUGAUUGCAAACAUUCCGUUGAGGAUUCUGUGCAACAGACCAUCAGGACAAAGAAACUACAAUAUGGAAAAUUCAAGGGUCAAGAUGGGAAUUAUGUUAGGCUUGGCCCUUGUUUCAAACCUGAAAAACUUGAUAAAGUACUCAAAUCGCUGAAGGAGUGUUUUCCUACUGAAUUUACAAAGUCGCCCUUUCUGAAUGAGCCGGAGAAGCUAAAGUGUGAUUGGGUGAAAACCUCGGGCAAGCCAGUCAAUGGUUGGACAUCUACCAUUGACACUCAACAGUGGUUCACUCGACUUUCUAGCAAGCACGAUAAGUGGAGGAAACUGCGUAUUUACGAGUUUCUUAGGCUCUCAACAUAUCCCGCUUUGCCAUUCUACGGUGCUAUGACUCUAGGAUUGCUUUGUUGUUGGAAUCCCUGCCUCAAUGUGUUCGUCACUGGCCAGGGUUUCAAAACCAUCACCCUUGAAGACAUAGCUUUUCUUACUGGAUUGUCUCCUAUUGGUGUAGACCUCCCCACUCAAAGUUUAAUAGAUGGAGCUCUUGACAUGGAGAAGACUACGCCAUGGAAGAAUAAAACAAACAUGUCAUAUAGCUCCAUUGUGGAUUACUAUAACCCUGAUAAAAGUAAAUCCCUCUCAGAUGAAAUCUCUAGGAAAGAAGAGGUAUUGUUUAUCAACCUUGCUUUUUGUAAACUGCUGAUGUUUCCAUCUUGCAAUGUCAAUAAAACUUUCUUGAAGCUAGCAGCAAACAUUGAAGCUUCAGGACUGGACCCAAAAAGAACUGAAUCCUUGUGUCUUGCCCCUCUUUUCCUGGGACAAGUGUAUCGAUGCCUUUAUCGACUUCGAACCCAUGAGAAGCUUUCUACUGCUGGUGGCCCUAUAUGGGUCAUAUCUAUGUGGGGACUUUUUUACUUUCCUCGUCUUGUUGAACAUAAAGACGACGAAGAGCUAAAAGCAGACUUUGACAAGCCUUCAGUUCUUCCUGUCAAAGAAUGUUGUUGCUAUGGGGAGUUGGCUAUUCAUACAAAUUCUCCAGUGGUACAUCUAGCGUUUGAAGAAGUCUUAAGGGGACUUCUGUUCCCCACCAGGGAGGCAAGUCAAUCUGAUUGGCACCCUUUUUCUGGUGAGGAUGAAAUGGAUAUUCCAUCAGAAGGAAAAAUUAGGGAGGAUACAUCAGGGCAUUGGAUGAAGGAAGCUGCCCCAGUUUGGCUCGUAGAGAUUUCUUGCAUGAGGAUCCGUGAAGGGGAUGAAUCACAUUGGUCCUCUAUUUUGGUUUCUCGAGACCUUAUCUGCCUCGAACCACAGGCCAUUGGCGUUGAAGCUUAUAAUCCUAACCUCGUGGCUCGUCAAUUUGGGAUGACUCAAGGCCUGGGAAUCCCCUACUAUAAGACUUUGAAUCGUCCUUGGGGAACCAGACUCAAUCUUUUGGACAUGGCCUUGAAAUCAGUUGACAACAAGCAUUCCUUCACCGAGACAUGGCUGAAGUCUUUACCUACCUAUGAGGUAAGGUAUCUUCAUAUCACCCCUUGGUUUAGACGGGCCGAGAUAGAUUCAGGUUAUGAGCUUUGGUGGAUUGAUUUUCUCAAGAGAUGUCAACCGUCAUGGCUUGAAGCCUUUGCCACUCUUAUUCGAAACAUCCACGGUCCUCUAAUGAUGUAUUCUCCAUCAAUUGCCCAGAAUUCUUUGAAUCCAAGGAAAAAAAAACACAGCAGAGCUCGAAUCGCUGUUUUUCCUGGUCAGACAAAAGCUUUGAUAGAGAUAGAGAAAUGUGCUCAAACAUCAUCUCCUGCUAAGAGGGAACUGAAAAGAAAGAGUGAAAGGAUCAUGGCCGCUUCUACUUCCCGGCCUUCAAAGAAGGCUGUUGUUGAAGAGUCCAAGGAAUGUGAUGAUAAUACUCCCCUCAAAAUAUUGAGGAGGCGGCAUUCUACUCCAUCUUUCCACCGUGCCCUCAGGACUGUAAGAAAGAAAAGGAAAUACAAUUUUCAACCAGUAGCUUCAAGGACUUCGAGUAUUGUGCUGGCCUGUUCGAAUAAUCCGAAACAAAUACACAUCAAAGAACCCUCCCAGAAGACCGGGCCUGAUAUUUAUAAUGUUUCCUUGAACGUUCUCAAGGUUCUUGAGAAAGAAAAAGAGGAAGCAACCACCCCUGGCAUAGAGCGUGAUACUUCCCAUGCUACUCAAAGUAUUCCGGAAAGCUUGAGGAAAAUAAUCAAUGAAGAAUUAGCAUUAGAAACUGCAGGUUCUGAACCUGAGGACUCUCUUGAGCCACCUCAUCAGAUGGUUCUUGGAAUGGGUUCUGCUAAUCUCAAGGAGACAUCUUCUGUUCUUUCAAUGGACCAAAUUUUAGACAAGGUGAUUUUGGAACCCCAAGAAGCUGACCUUACUAGAAUCUCUCCUCCUCAAGCGGAAGAUCAUCCAUCAAUACAAAUGGAGCCCACGGAAGGUUCUGGGACAAGAGGUACAACUACUUCAGACAUCUCUCAAUCUGUUAUUGAUGAUGGCUCCCCCACAUUCUCGGAGGUACUCGAGUCUGUGGAGCUACCUUUGAGCUCAAAAGGGGUCUGUUACACCCCUGAAAAGGCGCUUGCAGAGGUAAAUUCACUCGUGUCUCUCAUCGAGGAUACCCUUCGUCCUGCUUCUAUUUCAUCAGCAUUCGACAUUGAGAAAGAAAAUGCAGAGAAGAUCCUCAAUGUAUUGCAAAGCAACAUGGAGAACCUCACAGCAUAUGCUGACCUGGCAGAUCAGAUUCAUAAACUAUCUGUAGUAUCCCCUCCGCAGUUUAAGCCUAAUUUAGCUCACUUCCGGAACGUUUUCUUAUCCCUUCAACAUCAGCUGCAAGAUAUUAACAAGGAUGGAGUCAGGUUGACCUACGAUUCAGACACCCUUCGUGAUUUGAGUAUCAUCGCCAAAGAUCUUCGAGAUCGUAUUCAGAAUAGUCGAGAAAGAAUAGACCAAAUUCAAGCAGAAUGUAGUGAAUAUGAUAAGGAGAUUGAAGAAAUGGAGGCAAAACUUCAAAAUCUGAAGCAACAACGAGCCAGUAAGCAACAAGAGCUAAACAAGGAACAGCAUAAAUUUGAUGACUUUUCGUUGACUUGGUCAGUAACUAUUCCUUCUCUUCAAAAGCAGACUAAAAUCAUGGUUACUGCUCAACAAACAAAGGCAGAACGAGAGUCUGCUCUCAAAACUGUCAAGGCCAAUGUCCAUAGUUUUCUCGAGCUUUUAAGAACGAUGUAAUUUAUCUCAUUAGCAAUCAAAAUAGGAGCUAUUUUUCUGUAAUCUUGUAUUGUUCGCAAAGUUGUCCCAUUUGUGGAUGCGCGAUAAUGUAUGCUAGUUUGUGUUAUUAAUUUAUUAUUAGUUCAGAUCUUAAAUAUUGAUCUUUCUUCA